UCCCCGGGUGUGUGAGCCAGGAUCACCGCGCCAUCCAGCGGAGCUCUUGGCGAAGAACCGCAGGGCAACAAUGAAAACCGGGGCGAUGGAACCGCGAAAGGACUAACAGCGCUCCGGGGAAAGGGGGCACAGGCUGAAGACCAGAGAAAAAGUGAGGACAGAAGAAGCUAGAGGUUGCACAAGAGGCUGUCCGUCCACAUGUCUGCCCCUGCUCCAGGCAAUCGGAGGUCUGGGUUGGGCUCUCGCCGGCGGACGCCGGCUGCACCCAGUAAUAGAGAUCCCUAUGGCAACACUUCCAUCAGCAGCAGCAGCAACUCAGGCUCUUGUAAAGGCAGUGAUUGCAGCCCCACCAAAGGACGUCUUCAGAAGUACACGUCAUGCACAGACAACCAUGGUAUCCGGCCCCCUCCACCAGAACAGUACCUCACACCCCUGCAGCAGAAAGAGGUGUGUAUCCGACACCUGCGGGCCAGGUUAAAGGAAACCAUCAACACUCUGCAAGACAGGGACACAGAGAUAGAUGCACUGAGAGGCCAGCUUUACAGGAUGCAGGAGGACUGGGUUGAGGAGGAAUGUCACCGUGUAGAGGCUCAGCUGGCCCUAAAGGAGGCUCGUCAGGAGAUACAGCAGCUCAAAGAAGCUGUGGACACUGUUCGUGCCAGGCUCAGUGAUGCUGGGGGACUCAGCGGGGACAUAGGGGUCCAGAAGUACUUCCAGGACAUCAAUACUCAGAACCACAAGCUUGAGAACCUUUUGCUUAACAUGGAGCUAGCCCAGGCUGGAUUAGCCAAGGAGGGGGAAGCCAUACCAGGCUGCCGAACCCGUGUUGGGGGCUCGGCACCGGCAUCAGUAUCAGGGGAAAGUCCAGGAGGAAUACCCAAACCAGCUGUAGGAGGGAGAGGGUCUUGCUCCUGCGAUGGUUCCCCAGCCCGAUCUCUGACCCGGAGCUCCACCUACACUAAGCUGAGUGAUCAGGCGCUGGCGGACCGGAACGGCAAUGGCCCGGACUUUCCUUGUUUGUCAGGUGAUGGGACCCAGGACAGUGGCUUUGUGUGCUGUGGGGAGAGCAGCAUCCCCAGCCGAGCCGACCUGCUGCUGGAGGCCGCCUUCCUCUCUGAGGAAACGGCAUCUUUACUCAACUCCUACACGCAGACCUUUUCCCACUCUCUGCCCAACUCUCUGCCCAACUCUCUGCCCAACUCUCUGCCCAACUCUUUGCCUCACACUUUCUCCCAUACCUUACCUCAUUCUUUCCCUCAUAAUUUGUCCCACUCUGUGCCCCACACUAUGCCGCACUCCUCCACCUAUGAGAAGCUGUGCACAGGCGAGCGGUUGGUGCCCUUUCGUUGUGGCCUGGGUGGAGGGGGCUGUAUGAGCCAUCCCUGCCUGUCCCACCACCACCUCUAUCUGCACCCCCUGCGGGAGAUGGGCAUUCAGACGGAAAGCUGCCCCAUCCCUGCAACAGCAGGUGGCCCCUCUGAUUUGGAUACCAUUGCAGAGCAACGCACUUUUCGCUCCCAGGCCUGCAGCCCCACCUCCACCUGGAUGUCUGAUGAGGGGGAGGAGGAGCUGGACUCUAUCACCACAACAUCAGCAACCACAGCAACGGUCAUGAGUGCAGCAACAGAGCCGAUCCCGGUCUCCAAAACACCUCUGGUCCAUCCCAUGCCACGGUCUGCUACUGUGGCGUGUUCAAUGGAAACUCCCCUGUGUGGGGGGGAAGAGGGAGUGGAGGAAGAGGAAAAGCAGGAGAAAGAGAAGAGAGAGAAGGAUGCUGCAGCAACGGAGAAGCAGGAGGAAACAACAGGGAUCCGACUGGCAGAUGAAGGGCUGCAGGCACAGAUUAGCUCAGUGGGAGGAAAUGAGGUGGAAGUUCAGGGUGCAGUGGAGGAGGCAGCACCAGAAUUCUGUCAGUGCGAUUUAGCAGAGACAUCAGCUGGGAAGUUUGGAGGAUGCUGUGGAGAAAGCAGACAGGGUAGGACAACACUUGAAAACCUCAGCGGAGAAGACAUAGAUCUGCCAGCAAGAUCAACCCAGGUAGAGACAGCAGAGCUGCGUCCAAGUCGGCCUGGAUUAUCACCAGAGAUAGAACAGCCUCACACCUCCCAGCCGAGGAAAUCAACCUCCCAUGAGGAGAUAGCUGGUGUCAUUGUAGUGGAGGUGCAUGAUGAGGACGAUGAAGAUGAAACUGAAGAACUAGGUGCCACUGGGGGCGACACAGCAGAGGAUGGAAAUUUGUCUGGCUCUGGGACAAUUCAGAAAAGCUACUGGAGUCGUCACUUCCUGGUUGAUCUGCUAGCAGUGGCCAUCCCUGUGGUGCCAACAGUGGCAUGGCUCUGUCGCGGUCCAGUCCGUGGUGGACAGCCCAUGUAUCAUAUAGGGUCGCUGCUGCGAGGCUGUUGCACUGUGGCGCUGCACUCGCUGCGCAGGGGAGGUGGGUUGAGGCAUUACCCCGCAGGCGGGGGAGACCUGGGCGGAUCACUGAUAUAAGAGGAGAAUCUGUUCAACACCUCUGUUAUCCUUAACUUCGACCUCUCCUGUAUAGGUCUAGGUCCUUAGCUUGUAGGAAAAUACCUGUAAUGUGAGGAGAGCAAGAGGAACAACCUCCCGUCUGCCAUUUCUCAUCAAGAUUAAUAGCUGAGGGGAGCAUCGGGAACAGCAAAUGUGCAUUUAUGACUAAGAUUUCUGACUGGUAAACUCUGUUCUGUUUGGUCCUGCUCCUUAAUGUCUCUCACCCACUGGUCCUUGCUGUUGCUACCAAGAUGUCUGCUAAUACAAAUGACUUGUGCAAAACUAAAUGAGCUGUUUGAAAUGAAUGAUCUAUGCUUGGAUGUUUAAUGCUGAUUGUUUUGUUUUUUAAUGCAGGGAAA